AUGGAUGAAGCUGAGCAGGACCAGUAUGAAGCCCGCCUCAAGGAGCUCUUCGACAGCUUCGACAGCACGGGCACGGGCUCGCUGGGGCAGGAGGAGCUCACCGACCUGUGCCACGUGCUGCACCUCGAGGAGGUGGCCCCGGCGCUGCAGCAGACCCUGCUCCAGGACAACCUCCUAGGCAGGGUGCACUUUGACCAAUUUAAAGAAGCACUCAUCCUCAUCUUGUCCAGAACCCUGUCAAAUGAAGAGCACUUCCAAGAACCAGAUUCCUCCCCAGAAGCGCAGCCCAAGUACAUCAAAGGUGGCAAACGCUACGGCCGCCGCUCCCUGCCCGAGUUCCACGCGUCGGUGGAGGAUUUUGCCGAGGUGACCGUCAUCGAGCCGCUGGGUGAGGAAGCACAGCCCCUGCACGUCACUCCCGGUGGCUGCGAGGAGCACUGGAAGACACGAGGCAGUGAGGAGUACGAGGCAGAGGGGCAGCUGCGUUUCUGGAACCCAGAUGACCUGAACGCCUCUCCUGGUGCCUCGCUGCCCACACCGGAGUGGAUAGAGGAGAAACUGCAGGAGGUCUGCGAGCACCUCGGCAUCACCAGGGACGGCCACUUGAACCGCAAGAAGCUCGUCUCCAUCUGCGAGCAGUUUGGGCUCCAAAAUGUCAGCGGGGAGGUGCUCGAGGGGGUGCUCCACAGCCUGGACCAGGAUGGCACCAUGAGCGUGGAGGAUUUCUUCUACGGCUUGCUCAGGAACGGGAAGCCGCUUACGCCCUCGGCAUCCACCCCGUACCGACAGCUGAAGAGACACCUCUCCAUGCAGUCCUUCGAUGAGAGCGGGAGGCGCACGGCCGGCCCCACUGCCAUGCCCAGCACCCUCGGGUUCUGCCUCUUCUCCAGCCUGGACGAUGGGAUGGGCUAUGGCUGUGUGGAGGGCAUCCUCGACUGCUGGCACCAGGAGGGUGUCGAGAACAGCCAGGACAUCCUGAAGGCUUUGGACUUCAGCUUGGACGAGAAGGUGAACUUGACAGAGCUGACGCUGGCGCUAGAAAACGAGCUUUUAAUAACCAAGAACAGCAUCCACCAGGCAGCCCUGGCGAGCUUCAAAACAGAGAUAAGGCACUUGCUGGAGCGGGUGGACCAAGUGGCCAGGGAGAAAGAGAAGCUGCGGUCGGACUUGGAAAAAGCUGAGAAGCUGAAAUCCCUGAUGGCCUCCGAAGUGGAUGACCACCACGCUGCGAUAGAGCGCCGGAACGAGUACAACCUCAGGAAGCUGGAUGAGGAAUACAAGGAGCGGAUCGCAGCUCUAAAGAACGAACUCCGGAAAGAGCGGGAGCAAAUCCUGCAGCAGGCUAAUAAGCAGCGGCUGGAGCUGGAGCAGGAGAUAGAAAAGCUGAAAACUGAUGAGAACUACAUCCGUGACCGCCUCACCCUCUCCCUGAAGGAAAACAGCCGUCUGGAAAGCGAGCUCUUGGAAACGGGGGAAAAGCUGGCGGAGUAUGAAAGCUUGGCAAGCAAGCUGCAGAGGAACUUGGAGAACGUCCUGGCUGAGAAGUACGGUGACCUCGAUCCCAGCAGCGCAGAAUUCUUCCUGCAGGAGGAGAGGCUGGCACAAAUGAAGAGCAAGUACGAGCUGCAGUGCAGGGAGCUGCAGGACCAGAUAGAUGAGCUGCACUCCGAGCUGGAGGAGUACCGCACUCAGGGCAAGGCCUUCAGGCCAUCGCUGAAAAACUCGCUGUCGGAGGAGUUCGACAUCGAUCUUAAAACUCACGGCAACAGCGGCAUUGAACCUGACCAAGGACUUGGUUCAGAAGACUGCAAUCCGUUAAACAUGAGCAUAGAGGCAGAAAUGGCCAUUGAACAAAUGAAGGAGCAACAUCACAGGGACUUGCAUCACCUCAAACAGGAGCUUGAAGACACGGUGAGCCAUUACGAAAAGCAGCUAGAUGAGACAAAAAUCCACUGUGAGAAGGAGCAAGAGGAUAUGAGGAAGAAGUAUACUGAAGAGAAGCACGUCAUGGAAAAGCAGAUAACUGGCCUGAAAAACCAAGUUGCAGAACUGCAAGGAGAGGCAGCGGUGCUCAGAGAACAGCAGGAGAAGCUUGACUGCAAGCAUAAUGAUGAGAAAAACAAAUUACAAAUGAGUUUCAAUGAGGAAAAAGCCAAUCUGCAAGAACUCUUGAGGAAAGAGCACGAGGACGAUCUCAGAGCCAGACUGGAAGAGGCAAAGGAGAAAUUCAGUCAGGAACGGGAGGAGCUGCUUCAGAACGGCGUCUGGGUGGAGGAGAAGAUGAGGGUGCUGGUGCAGGCGCUGCAGGACGAGAAGGGAGAGCUGGAGCGUGGCUUCCAUGAGCAGCUGAAAAGGAUGGCAGAAAUGCAUGCCCUGGAGAAAGAGGAGCUGCAGGAAGAGCUGCUGAGGAAGCACAAGCAGGAGCUGGAGGAGGAAAGGAAAAAAAUGGAAAUUGACUAUAACAGAAGAGCAUCUCAUGCUGAAACUCAGUUUUCUGUGGACACGCAAACACUUGCGAAUAAAUAUGAAGAAGCGAUCCAAAAGCUGGAAAGAUGCUACCAGCAGGAGUUGCAUGAUCUUGUUGAACAGCAGAGAGAGGAAAAAUCUCAGUGGGAGUUUGAAAGGGAUGAAGUUGCCCAGGAGGCUGCUGAAGCCCAUGAGCAGCUGAAGGAAAGCCUGGCAAAUGAAAAGGCUGCUGCUGUUGCCCUGAGCCAGGAGAAAGAGCUGCUGGAGAAGAACUUCAAGGAGGAAGUGAACAAGCUGGUGUGCGAGAAGGAGCAGCUCCAGAAAGAGCUGCAAGACCUGAGGAAUGCUGCUGAGAUGCAAGAGGAAAAGCUGAAUGAUAAAAUAACACGACUCCAAAAUGACCAUGAGAAAGAGCUAAAGGACAAGGAGGAGCAGAUAUCGCUGGUGGAGGAAAAUGGGAGGCUGAUUAGCCAAAAGCUGGAGAAACUCAGCAGUGAGUAUAAGCAAGAGAAAGAAGAACUGAAUUCCAAACUUCUUGCUUUGGAAAGUUUAAACAAAGACAUUUGUGUAAGAGCAGAAACAGAAAAGGCAGAGAUGAAUCUGGAAAUCUCAAACCUUCAAGAAAAAAUCCAGAAAUUGCAGUGGGAGACUGUUAGUUUUUCCGCACUGCAGAACCAUUAUAGGGUCCUGGAAAAUGAAUAUGCAAAAGCAAAGAGCAAAAUUGCUGCUUUCUCUAGUAUAGAACCUCUGGGAGACGAUGCAGAUGUGCUCAUAAAUCUGCAGAAGGUGCACGAGCAAGCUGUGAAGGAAAAUGUGAGGAUGGCUUCGGAGAUCGUCAGGCUGCAGCACCGGCUGCGAGCUGUGGAGCGGGAGCCCCCCAGACCUCCUGGGUCUGGUGGCUCCAACCCCGGUGCAGAAUCACCACAGCUGCAAGACAGAAGGGAUCCUGCUCUCCAGGGGCUGCCCCGUGAUCGGAGAGAUGCAGGCAAGGCCGUAGGUGUGAAUGUGCCUCCAAUUUUGGAGGCUGACACUGCAGACCUGGAAGAAGUGCUUGAGAUGCGCUCUGCUGUGGAGAAACCAUGGGAUGAAGGCAGAGCAGACGGCCACGCGCUCAGGUUGCAGGCAGGUCAGAUGCGAGGAAGUAAAAUGGCAGUGGGAAGUGAUUGUAAUCUUAAUUAUGACAAAAAUCAAGAGCUAGUGGCUCAGGUGCCUCUGCUGCAGAAAAAGAGAGAUCUUGAGAGAGUUCCCAGAUUAAAAGUACUACAAAAUGACACUAAGCAGCAAAAUGCCCAUCUGCCGAAUAACAGAAUAGCUCCCAGGAAUAAAGGGUUUUAUUCUGACGCUUCCAAGCUGCAGACUGAUCUCAAGAGGGCUGAAGAGCUGACGGAAGCCUCUCUCCAGCUGGGACACGCUCCUGGAUCAGCGAACGGUGACCUGAGGGAUGCGAUUCCUCAGCUUUGGAAAAGGGUCGAGGAGCUGCAGGAAAGGUUGGUGGCACAGGCCAAGCUUCUGUCACUCCAGGAAGAAAUCCAGGCAGAAAACAUGGAUCUAAAAUCUGAAGUGAUCAAGUUAAUUGAGAAAAAUAAAGCCCUAGAAGACAGCCUAUGUAAGCUGGGAAGCCUUCAUUGCAAGCUCGAAGCAGGUAACCUGGGAGGCAUCAAGCUCGGAGAAGAAAGCACACAGCUCCUCAAAAAAGCUAAAGAACUGGAAGGUGGUCAAAACCAAGAUGUACAAGGAAAACUGGAUGUGCACAGCAAGAAGUUAAGGCUACAGUGCCAGCUUGGAAAGCUGGAAGAACACCCUGAAAUGUUCAGGGUCCUGCAGGACGAGCAGGCCCAACGUGACAGCACAACCAAAGAGAUGGUGGCAGACAAGAGGGAGCUGCAAGACCCCAACAGAAAGCUGGAGGAGAAAGUUACUGCCCUGGGGAACCAAAACGGUGUGCAUUUCCAUGAGGAGAAGGAGGAGAGGAACACAGUGACACACGGCCUGCAGAGCACGUGCACUGAGCUGCAGCAAAAAGUCGAUCUUCUGAGAUGUGAAGCCGAGAAGCUCAGGGAAGAAAACACCGCUCUGAAGAACGAGGUGACGCUGUUAAACGAGGAAGGCAGUGCUUCCAGCCUGAAACUGAGGGAGCUGAAUGGAUCCCGGGAAGAAAUGCGGCAAAAGAUAGAGGCAGUGAGAAAGGAGAAAGUGGCUGUACAGAAGAUGGUUGACAACCUGAAAAAGCAGGUGGCAGAUCUGAAGACCAGGAACCAGCAGCUGGACUCUGAAAACACAGAGCUGAGCCAGAGGAACUCCAAAAGCCAAGCAGAUGUGCAGGAUCUUAACCAACAGCUGGCAAGGGUGCUCAAGCAAAAGGAAAGGGAAGCAGGGAAGUGUACGCUGGAAGAAUGGGAAAAGGAGAGACUGGUACUGAAAGAGGAACUGGAAAACUCUAAAGUAGAGUCAUCAAACAUGGUGUCCUCCUUGGAGAUGGAGCUGUCGAAAACCAAAGUUCAAGCUCAUAUAUUGGAGCAGGAAAACCACAUCCUCAAGCAGGAACUAGAGAAGACAAAACAGCUGCCCAGAUGUGCUGAUCUCUCUGACCUUCAAAAUGAAGUUUCUAGCUUGAUUACUAAAAACGAAAAGCUGCUGAAAGAAAAAGAAGCCCUGAGUGAGGAAUUAAACAGAUGCAUCGACAAGGUAGCUAAAGUAAGCUUCUUAGAGAAUGCAGUCGGCAGCCUCAAGCAGGAACAGAAGUCCUGGGAACAACAGAGUCAGACCCUGAAAGCACAGCUCACAGUCGCACAAGAAAAGGUUCAGAGUCUGGAUGAAACGCUGCAAAACACCAACCUCCAGGUGUCCCACCUGAAGUCGGACCUACGGGUGGCGCAGCAGGAGAAGGAAACUCUCGAACAAGAAGUGAUGUCUUUACACAAGCAACUGCAGAAUGCCAAUGAAAAGAACCGGGUCCUCGAGCGGGCUGUGCCUUCCCCAGGGCCGCAGGAGCAGCAGCAGAGGCGGUCGCAGCGGGACGAGCCGGAGCAGCUCGGGCAGGAGAACGAGCGGCUGCGGAGGGAGGUCCACAGCACCACCACUGACCUGGCUCUCGCCAGGGAGAAGAUCCGACAGCUGGAAUCCACCAUCCUUUCCCUGAAGCACCAAAAACAUCAAAGCCAGUCAGGUAUCGUCAAAGCCAUAGAGCAAGAGAAAUUAAGCUUGAAGAGAGAGUGUGAACAGCUUCAGAAGGAGUUGUCAUCUGCAAACAGGAAGAUCAGCCAGAUGAAUUCUCUUGAACAUGAACUGGAAACCAGCUCAGAAAAUGAAGGGCUGAGAAAAAAGCAAGUCAAGCUGGAUGAUCAGUUAAUGGAGAUGCGACACUCCAGCAGCAGCGUGAUGCUUAGCCAGCCGCCGCACCCCUGGGAGCUCCAGCAGCAAGGCUGUGCCGUGGUGCCCAAGGACCAGUUCCUGCAGCUCCAACACCAGCUACUACAAGCAGAGAGGAGGAGUCAACGUCUUCAGGAAGAACUUGAAAGCAGACCCUCUGAAACAAACAUGCAACAGGGGGGUCAUGAGCAGCUUCUGAAAAUGAUGGAAGAACGCAUGAUGGAUGUUGAACAGAAACUGAGGCUUGUGAAGAGGCUUCUCCAAGAUAAAGUAAAUCAGCUGAAAGAACAACUUUCCAAGAACACUAAAGCAGAUGCAAUGGUCAAGGAUCUCUAUGUUGAGAAUGCACAACUGCUGAAGGCUUUGGAGAUGACAGAACAGCGCCAGAAAACUGCUGAAAAGAAAAACUAUUUACUAGAAGAAAAAAUUGCCAACCUCAAUAAAAUCGUAAAGAACUUGGCAUCCCCAUCUUUUAGUUCAGCAUCCGAGUUAAGGUCAUAGCAAAGCCAUUAAGUAUGCCACAAUCCCGUGCACUUUACUGAAAUGUUAAUAUUUCAGCUUUUCACUAUGUUGCCUUUUCUACUGGUGAAUUUUAGUUAACAGAUGCCUCCAAGGAGAUGGCAGAGCUAAAUCCCAAACCAGACACUGCCAACAGAUCUUUUGUUUAUUCCCACACUAUUUUUCUGCUAAAUUUUGCCUAAAAGUAAUUUUUGCUAUUUAAAAAUACAGAUGUUUUUCUAGGUUAACUUAUUUUGAUACUUUGGUUUUCAUUUAAAAUACAAAUUCUGAAUUUACUGAUUUGGUUGUAUCUAUCUAGAUUGAAGCCAAUGUCUAAUGCAAACUUAUGGUAUUGAAUUAAAACUUUAAAAUUCUUUUCAUUUUCUAGGGUACUUCGUGGCCCAAAUGUAGUAAUAUUGACGGGUCAGUCUUGAACACUGUCAGUGUAAUUGCUAUUGAAAGCAAGACUUUACUGUUGUCAUCUGUAUCCUGCAAUCUGGUUCUAGUUUCUGUAAAGCAAUAUGCUCCACCUUACGCAUUAGGCAUCUGGAUUUUUCUUCAUGGCUGUUUUUCUGCAAAGCUCAGAAGAAAAAAAAAAAAGGAAAAAAAAUAUUAAAAUAUGUAAAUAGACUACCGCAUCCAACUAAGCAUAACCGUAUUUUAUCAGAAGAAAUUUCCCAGAUGGCAAAUAAAGACUACUGCUUUUUUUUUUUUUUUUUUUUUUAAACUGUGCUGCCAGACAACUUAAAAAUUGCAGAGGCCUUAAUUUUUUGUGUGUGGAAAUUAGUUAUGCUAAACAAUGGAAGAGUCGUUAAACAGAAGUGAAGAAGUGAGUUUAUAUAACUUGUAAAUGGAGUAAAGCAGUGGAGUAUGUUUAUUAAGCAGCUGGCGGAAGAAUGAAGAGGGGGAUUUGGGCGAUUUUUUCAGUGAAAUCCUGUCUUUAGGCCUCACAGACUGUGAACUUUUGCCACUUAAGCAGAGUUCCGUUUGAUGUGAGUGAUGAUGUAGAAAGGUGUGUCGUUUGUACUAAGUCCUGAUACAGAAUCUAAGUUUGUAAUUAAUUGUGAGGAAACAUAUUUGAUGUGAAUACAAAAAAACUCAGGGAAUAAUAGCCUAUAUUACUUUCCUUCGAUAUAAUACAUGUGGAUAUUAAUGUCACUAGACGAAGAUAAGCAUGCAUUAAGAGCAGGAUACACCAAACUGGUUGAGUAUUACCUUAAUGCUCCCAGACCAACCUGCAGUAGUGUUGUAGCUGUGGAGGCUGAAGAGCAUCCAGGUUUGUAAUACCUCCUAUUUGAUGAGUUUGUGAGGCUAGGGAAGUGCAAGUGCAACAAGAAGUAGCCGAAUAAGAGCCUGCAUGCUCAAGCUUGUAUAUAAUCCAUUACUACCAAACAACAGUCUGAAGGAGAGGCUGGCUCUCCCUCCAAAUGCCCUGCCUCCAGCAGUAAGUCACACUGAAGCAGCGAACAUAAAACUGGUGCAAGGGGCCACGCUGGCAAUACUUGAAACUGGACCUCUUUACGUAUGCAUCAUCGUGGUUGCAGAGGAAGAGGGCAAGGUUCGUUGUCUCUGGGACCACUAGCAAGGUGACACUUAAACUAGUGUUUGUAAUGAGCCAGAUGUCUCCCAGACUCUGGGAUUAGACUGCCUGCAAGCUGUUGAGUAACCUAUUGAAUAUUAUUUUCGCUUGGUACUGACUAGCAUGUGGCUGUAGGGGAUGCCCUCUAUGUCUAAAGGGUUACCUGCCGCUUGGAGGGUUGACAGACUCAACUAUACAUUCUGCAUACGACCUCCUCUUCUCCCCUCUCCUCCUCCAUCCCUUUAUGCAAGCAGUGUAGUGGAAAUGGAAAUCCAAUAAUGGAAUACCUUAGAGUAACACAAAAUCCUUUUAAAUUAUUUCACUACUCUGCUAUUCUAAAAGCCCGUGAUGGUUAUUUGUCUGCAUAAUCUCAGAGAUUUACAUAUCCCAUUUUUCACAGGCUGCAAAAACAAGUCACUUUGACAAAUUGCAUUGGCAUAAAUCGGAGCUUGCUUUCAAAAUCUGAAGUAGGGAGAUCUUUCGUCUUUUUACAUUAAUCACUGGUAUCAGUUAUAAUAAACCUGUGUGUGCGGGUACCAGGGCUGUGUGUUAGCAAUAUGGUAGCUGAGCUAAAAUCAUGCUUAUGCUAUGGAAAUUAGCAAAGUUUUAAAAUACUUCAGGAAACAUAGGUGAGGUUCAGAUAAUCAGGACUGUACAUAUUAUCAGCUAGUACAUUUUAACGCUCCUUCGUAUGGUAACCUAGAUUUAGUAAUAAUGCUCUGUAUGUGACCAAAGUCUGAACACUGACAUAAGUGAGUACUUCACUUGAGCUACUGUGGAGUUAAUUUCACAUUACUCAUUUUAAAGGCUAGACUACUUACCCAAUUCAUUUAAUCUCCUGGAAUUUACCAGUUGUUUUUUUGUUUUGUUUUGAUUUUAAUCAGACAUUUCUAGAGCACAGUACAAGCCAAAAUAUGGUAUUAUCAUCGGAAUAUAAGGAAAAAGAAAAGGGAUCUUGACUUCUUUUCUCACCCAACCCUGUCACUCUCAUUUUUUUUUCACUUAGCUUCAAAAAAUUAACCUAAACACAAGAGAAAGUAGAAGGAUGGAGGGAGAAGAAAAUGGUAAAUAUUUUUUAGACAAAACUCAAAUUUAACUGGAAUACUUGCGUGAAUUAAUUCCCAAAAGUGCCUUUUGUGAUUACAUACACUACAGCCUUUCUGUACUGUACCGUUUUUGUUGCUAAAGGACAAUUUUCAGGACAAUCCCUUCCCAGGUGGAGGGAACGCAGAGAAAGGUAGCGCUGCUUGCCAGCGGGUGUAGUGUUGCUUGUUGGUUCGUUGUGUCAGCAGCUCGUUCUACAAAAUUAAAGCUACUGAAAAUAAGCAUACAAACAUGUAAGCGUUCAGCAUUUGUGGUCUUUUGUGCAUGAAUGUGUCUCCUACGCAGCACAGGCGUUUUAAAGAUACCAAAGUAUUUACUGGUAUUCUGACAGUCAAAGCUCACCGCAUUUCUAGGCAGCGUUCCUGCAACAGGUCUCACCAAUUAAGAUGUUAACCACUUUAUUACCAGGAGGUGUUCUGAAAGCAUUCAACUCUUGCUUUGUGAAUCACUGUGAAAAUAAAGGCACAGAGAUAUUUAGGGUUGGGAUUUGGGGGAGAGGCAGUGGCGGUAUGUGACCGAGUUAAAUUUACCCGUACUGAAUUCACACAGGUGGACAUGCUGUGUGUCGAUUUAGGAUGACACAAAGGUUCAUAUUCUUGAAUUACCACUUUAAAUACAAAGAAACAAAAUUGAAUUCUUUGAAUUCUGAUGGAAAUAAAGGGUUGUAACAUACAUAAUAUUAGCCAGAUUGUAUGUAAGGUAGAGUAGGGGACAGUGGACCUGUCAGGAGUCAAAUGCCCUAGUUUACUUUCAGCAAAAGUAAAAAAAAAAAAGUUUUACUUUCUCUCAGGUUUUCCAUCGUUUACCUGUUAGGUCUCCUGUGCUGUGUCAGACGCUGUCAUUGCUGCCGUGUCGUGUAUAAACGAGAACAAUUGUAUAUAUUUUCUAUUACGUUUUGUUCCAGUGUAAUAUAUUGUCCUCUCGACAUCAUGUAAAACUGAAAGAUGAACCAACUUACAUGUUAUUUAUAAUGAAUGUAAAAAAAAUAAAAAAUAAAUGACUGUACGAUC